CUGAACAAAGCUCUGUUGAGAUUUUUUUUCUCUGCUUCGUGCUUCACCAGGACAAGAAGUCAUAUUCGGACCAGAUUACCCUGUUCCUGGAAAAAAAAAUGAGGGCUAGGGUUUGGAGAGCAGGUGCUGGCUGAGGAGUGGGUCUCACUAAAGCUUUUGCUGCUUUCGUCAGGUUGCUAACUUCAGAGGUGUCCUCGAGGGAAGAGUUGAAAAUGGACCCCCGUGUUCGCUCUCAUUGCAUGCCAUGGAUAUUGCACACCACGGGGGAAUUAGCAGAAACAACUGUGAUUUUCCGCAGCCAGUUGUCCACUGUGUUCUCAAGUCUCCAGCUCUGUUUUUUAGGGCAUGCAUCCAAAUUUCAAAGUUACUGAAGAUUGCCUCAGCAGUCUCGACCUGGCAUUCAACAGAAAUCAAUGGGAUAUACUCCAAUAAACCUUGCUUCGAUUUAAUUUUAUGACGUUGAUCUCCUUCUGAUCUUGGAGCUGAUUGGGUUUUUCUGGCUGAGAAGGAAAGGACUCUGCAGGAUGGAGACUAUUCUCAGUGGAACCCACUUGAAAAUAUCAUCACAAGUAAGGGGACACACCCAAGGAACUUGUCAUAGGAGCUGUGGUGGCUUCUCCCUUCGCUCAGCCCAAGCCUUCCCAGAAACUUGAGUAACUCCUACUCUUAUUUGAGAUUGACUGCACAGAAUCAUUUCAUUUCUACACUUUAUGCUCCAUGGUCGGGUGACAACCUUUAAAACGCUCUUGUGUCAUUUUAUGAUGUGGGCCAGGUUACACUGCAAAGCCACAAAGCACAGUUUGUACAGUUCCACGUAAACCUAGAGAUGAGAAGGUCUCUUUUCUGAUGCAUACUUCAACUUUGUUUCUUUUCUUGUCAACCUUCCCAUCUGUCAGUCCACUGUGAGCAGAGCUAAUGGUGUUGAUAAAAAGUCUGUUCUCCACUGUUAAAUCUCCUUCAGUUUACUUAGCAUUAUGAACACUCCAGACUUUACCCAUUGACCUUGUGCUGUGGUUCAUCUGAGAUACACUAAUUUUAACUGUUUUGGCCAGGGAGUUGUUUCCAUCUGCAAUUCUCAUGAACAGCCUCAACCUUGCCUCUUGCCACUGAGUACUGUAAUGGGUCGCAAAGAACGCAAUUACUUGCAACCUUCCAGAUGUAAUAGCGCUCCACUACAGGACUCAAAAGCACGCUCCCUUGAGCUUAAACAGGGUCAAAACUCAGCCGACUCCACCAACCAAGUGCAAGAGCGCAAGAGCAAAGUUCAGCAAGUUCACUUCAAAGAGGAACAAGUACCCAACAUGAGGGAGAAGGCUGAAGGCAAACCUGUCCCUAAAGGCAAAGCACAACGUCCUAAACCACAGGGACUAGCCAGCUGCUCACUGGCGAUUCCCAGGAGGCAAGGUUUUCUCAAAAGUAUCGCUAUUCAGACUUCGCCCAGUCUGAGGAAGCACCUUCCGAGGUUCAAAAGUAAAUUGAGGAACAGCAGCAAAUCAGCCAAGGGUUCUGCGAUGAUUGAGUCAGUGAGAGCUGCAGGGGUUGCCCCCACUGAGAAAGACAUGGCUUUGGGAGCCACUGAUGCUGCCACACAGGCUGAGUGCUCGGAACCAAGUUUAACACUGGUGAAAGGAGCUGCAGGAGCAUCUCCCCAACCAAGCACCUGCAGCAUGGGUAGAAGGAAGCCCUUAUCAAAAGCAUCAGAGCUGAAGCCACAAAAGGCACUAAGUGAAGUGUCAGAUUUAUGCAACUCUCCAGAUAUGUCAACAGAUGCACAUAACGCUGGGAAAUUAGUGGUGUCAGACCACCCAUCAGAUCCCGGAUCUCCCCAUUCCAAUACUGGUGCCUCCUUGACUGAGAGUAUUCUGGGUGGAUAUCCUUCAUAUCUAAAUUGUUCUGCGCUACAUGAUUCAGAAUCUGUGACCACACAGCUAUCAACUGCAGCUGAACCUGAAGGGGCAGGUCAUUGGGAGGAUAAAGUUUGGCCAGAGUGUUCAGACCUUCAUCCUGCAUGUAUUGGUAAUGGUGAACGAGCGGUCACAGAUGUGCCAAAGUCAAGGGCCUGCUCACCAAACAACAGCAAGACAGUUAUCUCAGACACUGAACUUGCUUUGGACAAUGUUGGUAAUCAUACAGCUUCCUGUAGCACAGAAAUAAAACCUCAAGCAAGCAAAAAGAUUAAGGAAAUUAAUCAAAUCCAUCUGACACAAGGGGACCUAUUUGAUCUACAAGGCAGGAUGCAGUUCAUCGAGGACACUCUACAGUCAAACGAAUACAAGAUCAAAGUCCUUCUGAAUGUAAUUCAGGACAUGGAGAAAACAAAAGCACUUAAUGAAGGGAGGAACUUCUAUCGGACUGGCCAGGACCUCAGUAACUGCAGCACUUGUCAGAACACCGCCUGUAUCAUCUACAGUGUAGAAUACGACUUUAGACAGCAGGAAGGCAGAUUCCAUCAUGUUCUCCGAGCCCUGGAAAGCGAGGAUGAAAGUUCACAGCAGCAGCACCUAUCCAGAGGGAAUACUGACAACCAGACUAGGCAGAAACAGGAGAUGAAGAAUAAACCACGCAAGCCUAAGAAAACCUGUUUUUGGUGUCUGUGAGCAAUUGCUGUCAAAUUACCUGCCUGAAAAAUAGUGGGUUUUUUUUGUCCCGUGUGACUUUUGAAAAUCAAGGGCUGUUGAGGGACAUCUGCAUUUCAGGGGAGCUGCAGCCAGUUGUAUUAGACCAGGAAAGCAAUGCAGUUACCCCAGCUAUCUGCAAAAGGACAAACCACAAGGUGUUGAGGUAAGAAAAGUUACACUGAGACCUCUUCUACUACCGUAGCAUUGUGGAACUGCAAAGUGAAAUAACACCGUAACAGUGUAGGUGACCCAUAUCAUCUGCCGAAUUAAGGUCACUUGGUACAAGUUGAUGGAUCAUUUUAGAGCUACAUUUGGUUAAUGCAGCACUGUGUCUGAUAAUGAGUUUAUAUCUGAUUAAUGAACAGAAGAGAACACAGCAAUAAUGGAUGCAAUGGAGCACUUAAGCUUCCAAGUUAGCUAGCAAAAUCAAUUCACUCCAAUAAUAAUGAUUGCAGUCUCAUUCAUUAUUGACAAAGGAGGAAACAUGCGCAUUCUCGUGUUUUUAAUGGCCAUUAUCUUUCUGCUUUUUAACGUCAGAUUCAGCAUUGCAGUUCUAUCUCGCUCUUGGUGUUCAAGUGGUGACUCUUUUAUACAUUAAAAAUAAAUCUGCUUAUGCUGGAUGGUGAAUUGAAACCUGAAGUGUUGCAAAGUGCAGAUCCUUAGAAUAAUGUUCCAUGAUGUCCACACAGAACCUUAACCUUCCUUCUACCUGACCUCCAGCAUGUUCUGCCUUUAUAUGGAACAUACAGCAGAGAAACAGGUUGGGUCACCUAACAAUCUGUGUCCUACAUUUACGUUACAUGCAGACUUGCUCUCAUCUCAGCCUGCAUCUCACCCUAUCCUUUCUCUGACACAUUGUUCCCUUUCAGUAUCUUCUUUGCUAUUCACCUCAAGUCCUGCAUGUGGUGGCAAAUAUUUGUUUGUAAGAUAGCUGCAUAAUUUGAUAUGCCAUAAAUGUUCACAAAAACAUGUUGAAUCCAGGAAUGUGGUAGGGUAGGCGAUUACUUCUUAGCCUAAGAAUAAUCUGUAGUGUUAACAGUAUAGGAACAUAUUAUUAUGUCUAACAAUGACCCAAAUAAACAGGUUAAUGGCUGCAUCAGCAAUGACAAAAAGAGAUGUCAUAUGAGCACAUUAAAUGUUGUUGGUCCUAACAUCCUUGGCAUUUACAGGUUAAGAGAUGGCCUCUCAUCAAUCAGACAGUUGGGCUGGUUUGUAAAACUAUAUAGAAUGCAGUAAAGAGAAGACCCAGAGGUGCUUAAAAAUGAAAGAGAGAGAAAGACUCAAGUGAAAGGAAGAGCAGGUAAAGAUGGUGGGUUGCAGACACCAGGCCCUUCACAAAA